CCUUAGAAGUUUCAAAUUGAUCAUAGAAUUCCGAAAUUUACUCAUUUAAUUCCCUGAUAGGCCGUUUCAAAUGCCCUUUAGUCGGUUUUUCUGUUUCUUCUCAUUGGCUAUGGAAAGCAAGGACGGACUUCCUCUGCCUGUCGCUUCCUCCAUGAUUUCCUUUCGGACCUAAACGUCUGCAACUUGUCAAAGAAUCAACUCUAUCUCUUUCAUCUGAGUCGACGACGGAAUUUGGAAAUCGAACUUUGCCUCUCUUACAGACCAUUUUCAUCACGAUCUCUGGUUCUUCUCCAUCGUUUUGACUUCGUUUUGGGGGUGGAGAAUAUUUAGAAGAAGCCAAGCCAUGGCUCAUAGGGUUGAUCACGAGUAUGAUUAUCUCUUUAAGAUUGUCUUGAUUGGAGAUUCUGGUGUUGGGAAAUCGAACAUUCUCUCGAGGUUUACUCGUAAUGAAUUCUGUUUGGAUUCUAAAUCCACCAUUGGAGUCGAAUUCGCCACGAAGACUUUGCAGGUGGAUGGAAAGACUGUUAAGGCACAGAUAUGGGACACGGCUGGUCAAGAGAGGUACCGGGCCAUCACCAGUGCUUAUUACAGAGGUGCAGUCGGUGCACUCUUAGUCUAUGAUAUAACGAAGAGGCAAACUUUUGACAACGUACAGAGGUGGCUUCGUGAACUGAGGGAUCAUGCAGACUCCAACAUAGUUAUCAUGAUGGCAGGGAAUAAGUCUGACCUAACUCACCUAAGAGCUGUACCAGAGAGGGAUGCACAGGGUUUGGCAGAGAAGGAAGGACUCUCAUUUCUUGAGACAUCAGCGUUGGAAGCAUACAAUAUUGAGAACGCUUUCCAUACUAUUUUGACAGAGAUCUACCACAUCAUAAGCAAGAAAGCUCUGGCAGCUCAGGAGGCAGCCAGCUCAACUAGUCUUCCAGGUCAAGGGACUACCAUCAAUGUAGCUGAUGCAGGCAAUUUGAACAAGAAAAUUUGUUGUUCCACUUAGAGUGGUCCUUAUUCCAGAAGAAGAGGUUUUGCACAGACCUUUUUUUGGUGGGUGAGAUUUGUAGAAUAUUUCGACUUCUCUAAGAAAAAUUUCCUUAGAUGUUGUGAGAAAGAUUUUUAAGCCAUCAGAGGGAAGUCUGUGAAAGUGAAACAUGACAGUGUUAGUAGCUUUGGAGGUCUUGCAUUUUUCUUUCUCCUCCAUUCCCUAUUGUAUUAAAGUGGCACCAACUGUUAUAGGAAAACACCUUUGGGCCUAAUUUUUGGUACACUGAGGAAUGGGAGAAGAGAGAAGCAUUGUAUGUGUGGCGUCUCCUUUGUUCCUCAAGUUCUAACUUGUAAUAAAGGUCCAUGUUACCAUUUAACCUGA